UUUUCUUCAUUUUUCUGUCGAUUUUAUUUCAAUAUUCAUUACGAUUGGUUGAAUCAUUUCCGCGCUAUUUUAAUAAUGUAUUUGAAAGUGUAUACGCGAUUCGGUCUAUCGAUCGUUUCAUAUGUGUGUUAUGAUUUGUUGUUACGUGUGUUUAUCUGUACAGAUAGAGUGCGCGAGACUAGCUUUGCUGUGUUUUCUUAAACUUCUGACAGAGAAACAUCAAGACUUUUGCGAAUGACAGCUAAAGUUUUAAGUAUUUACUGAUUUGUUGAAAUGGAGAACGAGAAGGAAGGGAACGAUGAUUAUUAUUUAGAAUUAUCUUCUGAUCCUAUUAAGUUUGAAUCGGUUAGCAGUCUUACCAAUGUUUUUUUCGAUGAUUCCAAACAGCAAGUAUUUGCUGUUCGUUCUGGGGGUGUCACUGGCGUUCUGGUCAAGGGACCUAAUGAAAAUAUAAUAUUUAGGAUGGAGGAUAAAGGUCCAGUGAUAUCUAUCAAAUUUUCUCCAGAUAUGAAUAUACUUGCUAUACAGCGUACUAACACAUCUGUAGAGUUCAUGAAUUUUUCUCCUAUGCAUGAACCUGAUGGUAUUGAGUAUUCGCAGUCUUGCAAGGGAAGGACUGCAACUAUAUUAGGUUUUGUUUGGACACAUGGCAAUGAAAUAUUAUUUGUUACCGAUCAAGGAGUAGAAUUGUUUCAAGUUAAUCCAGAGAAACGUUGUACUAAAACAUUGAAAUCUUCUAAUUUAGUGAUCAAUUGGUUUGUAUUUUGUCCUAAAAGUUAUUUAGUUUUGUUGUCCACUGGUUCGGUAGGAAAUUUAAUGCAAGCAUUACACGUAACACCUGGCAACAUUCAAAAAUUUACUAAAUUUGAAAUGGAACCUAGUACAACCAAACCAGGAAAGCUUGCUGUCUCAGAAAGAGAUGUAGCUUUAGCUGUUUUGUAUGGAACACCUUGUAUUAUUGUCUUGCGACAUCAGGCAGGAGCUAAUCGUUCUGUUGGAACUGCAUUUGUCUAUGUAUAUACUAUUCAUAAGAUGUUAACAAUUAAAAAAAGUCAUAUUCUUAAGCUCGAUGCCAGUGGAAGAUUUGCUAUUAAUGUUGUAGACAAUCUUAUUAUUGUUCAUCAUCAGGCAUCAAAGACAUCAAUGAUUUUUGACAUAAUGUUACCUGGUGUAAGCGAUGGUACUGUGGUACAUCAUACUAGUGUAGCACCAGCAAAAUCUAUUAAACCUUACAAUCUCGUUGUCCCAGGUGCAACUUUGUCAGAUGAGCUUUUACAGCCUUGUCAAUUAUAUUCACCUAAUUGGGUAGUAUUUCAACCAAAUAUAGUCAUUGACGUUAAGUUAGGGUGCUUAUGGUACAUAGAACUGAGAUUGGAAGUAUUAAUUAAACUUAUUAAAGAGAAAGUUGUAUUAGUUGAAUUUCUUAUGCAAAGAUCUAAUGCGAAACAAAUUUUGAUACAAGUAUUGCAGCAAUUUAUGACAGAAUUGCCAGUAAGUUUAAUGGAUAUUCCAGCAAUUUUCGACAAAAUUAAUCCUGUAUAUAGAAAUUAUCUUGAGAAGGAAAUGCAGAAUCAGAUGGGUACUCCUCUUCAGAAUAAUACCAAAAAUGGUAACACUACUACGGAGAAUUACAAGUACAAAUUGAAAAUUGAACAAAGUGAUAUGUAUAGUAUCAUUUUACCUAAAUUUCCUGAAAGUAUAAUAGAACCAAAAAUGAUAGUAUGGGUCCUCUUAGAAUAUAUCAGGUCUUUAACAGAACAUGGAAUUCCUGUAGAACAUUAUUUACAUGAGUUAGUUAUUACAACAUUGGUGCAAAGAAAAGCAUAUUAUCAACUACAUCAAUUAUUGCAAUAUCAUGUUGUAGCUGACUCGAAACCUUUAGCUUGUUUAUUGCUAUCCUUAGAAAAUUUAUAUCCAGCUGCUCAUCAAUUAGCAUUGGAUAUGUUAAAACGAUUAGGAAAUGCACACGAAGAAAUAAUCGAAGUUCUUUUGUCUAAGGGUUAUAUAUUAGCUGCUCUUCGAUAUGUCCGUUCAGUUGGAAUGAUAGAUCAAGUAUCAGCUCGAAAAUUUUUAGAAGCAGCAAAAGCUUCUAACGAUGCUACCCUCUUUCAUUCAGUCUUUAAAUUUUUUGAACAGCGUAACUUAAGGUUACGUAAUACAACAGCUUUUACAAGGGGUGAACAUUGUCAACCGUAUGUUCAGCAUUUUAAAUAUUUAUUUCAAGGGACGGAUAAUGGAUGCAAUUCUGAUACAAACUCUAAUGUUACUACGGUCUCAUUAUAAGAUUGUCACUGUGAUCUCUUGUUAAUCAGAAUAUAGAUUUCUGUAUUUAAUUAUGGUAUGUAUUUUAGAAAACGUAGAGGAGUUUCAAUAAAGAUAAAUUUUUAUCAAUCGAUUUUUAGAAUGAUGAAUAGGAUAUCAAUGAAGUGAACAAAUAUAAUUAAAGUAAUCCAUUUAAAAUGACUUUAUUGAUAUAUUCAAAUCACUUUUGUCUUUUUCUUAACAUUUCAUUAAUAAACAUUGUACAAUAUUGGUUUUGUUACCAAAUAGCUCUCUUAUUUGAUUACCAAUAGAUGAACUUAAUUUUGGAUUAAUAUAAUAUACGUAAUAAUAUGCUGGGAUAGAUUGUUAUAUACUAAUUGUAAAUGAAAUAAUUCAAUUACAUGAAAUUAAUACAACAUUAAUUUUGUAAUAUAUAUAUGAGCUGUUCACAAAUCAAAGCGAUUAACUUUACUUUUAGAAUUUUUGAAAAUUGCAGUGUACGAGCAUUUGAUAGAUGCUUAAUACCACCUAAUGAUAAAAUUUUUUAUAUAUUUUUAUUAAUUUUUUCUACUUUUUAUUUAAUGUAAUUAAUCGAUUUGACAAAUGAGUGACUCAUUAUAUAUAUUUACAGUAAUCCCACCAUUUAGACGGAUUUACUUUAAUGCGCUUGAGCUACCAGAGCCCCGAUGUUACUGUAAUGUAUUAUGUAAAAAUACAAAUUCAGGGAUUUCUCAGUGUAAUUUGAAAGUAUAUUUCAUAAAGGAACAACACACA